AUGGACCCAGCGGGCGUAGCUACGUCGCUGCUGGUUUUGCUGGCAGCAGAUAACUCCUCGAUGCUCGACUGUGUCUGUAACCACGUCGCCAGCGUCACCGACGACAUGAGUUACGGCGAUGGACUGAUGUGGGAGACGUACUGCCAAGACCUCGGCCAUGGUGGGGGAUCUAAAGAGGGUGUCAUUCCGGGAGGUGAGAGCGUGUUGGAAGGCAGGCGGGAAGUCGACGGCAGAGGCUGCAAGUCUGCAGAGCAGGCCGGACUGAAGCUCUGGAGUUGGCGGCACCCACCCCCGCUGGCCGCCAGCGUACAGACGAGCCAAGUCUUGGGGCUCCUAGGCCACGAGCCGCCGGCCGCGGAGGACGAGGAGUGCGGCCGCGCCCUCGCGGAGGUUCGCCACCUCACGGAGGACAGCUCCAGGGAGCUCACCAGGGGCCUCAUCCGCAGCGUCGCUGCCGACUGCAUUCGCUCUUGCUCUGUACAAGGGUUGGAUAACAUGGAAUGGAACCUGGAGACACUGCAAACGGAUCGGCUGAGGGGUGCGACCCUCACCAAGUUACUGCACGCUGUACAGCAGAUCACAAGAGCCAUAAACCACAGGAAUCGCCUUGUCUUGGAUUAUAAUUGGGAAUUUCUUCAUAAUGACCACAAUAUCAGCAAAACUGAAUUCCAGGCCGAGAUACCGGUCUUCCUGGAGCACCUCUCUGACUACUGGCGGGACUCGGCGCAGCUGCUCUCACUGGGUGUCAAACAUUUCUCUCAGCUGCUCGUCCCCCUCGCUUUCGAGCAAAUGGGUAUCCACUCAAAUGAUCUGCAACGCCAUGAAUGGAUUAACAGCAUGAAACAUCUGAGAGGCAUGCUGCACACGAGAUUAAGCGGCUGGGUUCAUGAUGUGCAAUCCGUCAGCGAGCAGAUGGCGUACUACAAAGUGGAAGAACACAAGAACAGGCCUGGGACUUAUAUACUUAGAUGAGGAGUGGCAGAGGGAGGACAGAAGCAACGCCAUGGUCUCCGUGGACACUGACUGCGUGCAGCUGUUGGCGAACGCCCUCGACCACCCCACGUGUCCGCUGGAAGACCUGCC